AUGACAGCUCACUGCCGGCCAUCCCUCUUACUAACCCACUUUACAAAGGGGGAGCUGCCCCCUUGUAUCUCACCCCCCUUCCUUCUUCCAGCCCCUGCCCCACCCACAAUAGUCCCUGCACUGAUCUUCACACGGCGGCCUGCCCCCUCUCCCCCACCCCCCAUCCCCGCCACCUCCCCCCCACAGCAGCAGCCGCGGGAGAGGAGAGGCAGGGCAGAGGGUGGGGCUGUAGUGGUUCACAGCGGCCACCCCUUCCACGCCACCUCCCCCCCCAAGGAUGGAGGAGAAAUGGGGGGGGGGCUGGUGCUGCAGAUCCCCUCCCCCCCCACUGCUGCACCCGCAGCAGGGGGGAGGUCUCCUCCCCCCACUGCCGCAUCCGCAGCAGGGGGAUGGCAGAUUGCUUCCCCCCCAUUGCUGCACCCGCAGCAGGGGGAGGGCACUGGGGCCGCGGUUAGGGGCGGCAGGUCGCGAGGGGCCAUGGCUAGGGGCGACGGGGCCAUGGCUAGGGAUGGGGCCGGGCGCUGGGCAGGUACGGGGCCGGGUGCUGGGCUAGGGACAGGGCCGGGUGCUGGGCAGGUACGGAGCCGGGCGUUGGGCAGGUACGGGGCCGGGCGCUGGGCAGGUACGGGGCCGAGCGCUGGGCAGGUACAGGGCCGGGCACUGGGCAGGAACGGGGCCGGGCGCUGGGCAGGUACGGGGCCGGGUGCUGGGCAGGUACGGGGCCGGGCGCUGGGCAGGUACGGGGCCAGGCGCUGGCAGGUACAGGGCCGGGCGUUGGGCAGGUACGGGGCCGGGCGCUGGGCAGGUUCGGGGCCGGGCGCUGGGCAGGUACGGGGCCGGGCGCUGGGCAGGUACGGGGCCGGGCGCUGGGCAGGUACGGGGCCGCGCGCUGGGCAGGUACGGGGCCGGGCGCUGGGCGCGGAACGGGGCCGGGCGCGGGCUAGGUACUGGGCCGGGCGCGGGCUAGGUACGGGGCCGGGCGCGGGGCUAGGUACGGGGCCGGGGCGCGGGCUAAGUACGGGGCCGGGCGCGGGCGUGAUCCGGGCCGGCCGCGGGCUAGGUACGGGGCCAGGCGCUGGCGACAGACGGGGCCGGGCGCGGGCUAGGUACGGGCCGGGCGCGGGGCUAGGAACGGGCCGGUCGCGGGCGAGGUACGGGGCCGGGCGCUGGCGAGGGACUGGGCCGUUCGCGGGGCUAGGUAUGGGCCGGGCGCAGGCGUAA